GUAGAAGUGGUAAUGGAGGACAGUGAUCUGUUCACAGGGGGUUUAGUUAGCAAGCUGUAUUCUGUCUCUAAUGUUCACAACUGCUGUUUCUGUUGAUUACGAGGUGUUUACAACUCAGAGGAGCACCGUGUGACUCAGCCGAGAGGAGGUGGAGCUGCCAUUGAGUUUUGGGAUGGCGUCAGAGGCGGGUUCCCAAAACCAUGGUUCCAAGGGGAUCAUGACGUUUUACCCCACUGCUGAGGAAUUCAAGAACUUCACCCGCUACAUUGCAUAUAUUGAGUCCCAGGGAGCACAUAAAGCGGGCCUGGCUAAAAUUGUCCCACCAAAGGAAUGGAAGCCCAGAGCCUCUUAUGACGACAUAGAUGAUUUGGUGAUCCCUGCGCCCAUUCAGCAGCUGGUGACAGGCCAGUCGGGCCUUUUCACACAGUACAACAUUCAGAAGAAGUCCAUGACUGUGAGAGAGUUUCGCAGGCUUGCCAACAGUGACAGGUACUGUAGUCCACAUUAUGAUGACUUCGAAGACCUGGAGAGGAGGUACUGGAAGAAUGUGACAUUUAACCCUCCCAUAUAUGGAGCAGAUGUUAAUGGAUCUCUGUACGACCCCGAAGUCAAAGAGUGGAACAUUUGCCACCUGGACACCAUUUUGGAUACAGUUGAAUGUGACAGCGGCAUCACUAUUGAGGGAGUUAAUACACCCUACUUGUAUUUUGGCAUGUGGAAGACCACCUUUGCAUGGCACACUGAGGACAUGGACCUCUACAGCAUCAACUACUUGCACUUUGGAGAGCCCAAAUCAUGGUACUGUGUACCUCCAGAGCACGGGAAGAGACUGGAGCGUUUGGCUACAGGGUUCUUUCCUGGUAGUUCCCAAAAUUGUGAGGCCUUUUUGAGGCACAAGAUGACUCUCAUCUCUCCCUCUAUACUGAAGAAGUAUGGCAUUCCCUUUGAAAAGAUUACUCAGGAGGCUGGUGAGUUCAUGGUGACUUUCCCUUAUGCCUAUCAUGCCGGUUUCAACCACGGUUUCAACUGUGCAGAAUCCACCAACUUUGCCACAGAGAGAUGGAUCGAGUAUGGCAAGCAAGCAGUUUUGUGCUCGUGCCGUAAAGACAUGGUGAAGAUUUCUAUGGAUGUAUUUGUGAGGAAAUUCCAGCCGGAUCGCUACGAGCAGUGGCUGGCAGGGCGAGACGUGGUACCCAUCGACCACACGCGGCCUACUCCGGAGGCGAAGGAGUUCCUGGGGGAGUCCUUUAAUGACAUCACCAGCAACAGUAACUCCAUGGAGAGCUGUGGGGAGGAUGGAGAGCGGAAGAGCACCACACAGAGGAUAGAGACCAAGAGACACAGAGUGUGUCUGGAGGUGCCUGAGGAGGUUGUUCCUCAGGACGAAGAUGAAGAUGAUGUGGAGCAGUAUGAGAAGCGUCCAAGGCUAAGCCUCAUACCUCCACGCACAACGUCACAAGAUGGCAAGAGAACUAAAGGUCCACCAAAGUUGGUUGUCACCCCAACCAAGCUCACUUUAUUGGAUCCAUUUCACAGGGGCUUAACCCAAAGUAACAGUGAUGUAUGCCGCCCCCCACAUUACACCAAGACUCGCGCACCUGCAAUCACACCUCAGUCCCAGCACAGAAACGGACAUCUGUCACUUUCAACGUCGCCUACGUGGACGGGAACCACUGCUCAGCCUACCCGCAAAAUGGGGGUCGCCAGCCUGCUGUUCCACAGGACUCUGAGUCCAAAAGACACUCUUCAAGUGCACAGCUACACGCUAGAGAAGCAGCAACAGCCUCACACACAGCUGCAGGUGCACAGCUACGCCAGAGAACAUCAACCCCGUCAUCUCCAGCACAAAACCAGUACGCCAUCACACACACAGGUUCAGUCCUUGCCUCAGGCACCGAGCUGUGAAAGGAAGGAGCCACAGCCAGAAACCACAAUUAUUCUUACCAAAGCAGCAGUGAAUGAAUCAGAAGCACAUAGUCUUGUGGAGCCCGACCAAAAGGAGGACAAACCUGAAAUAGCAACGCCUGUUGUGACUGCGAUUGAAGUGGAGAAGCCUGAAGUUGAACCCACCAGCACGUCUACUUCCUCUGAGACUCAACCACAAGUCACAGAGAUGAGCCCAACAGAGAUGGAGGCCCCCAAGAACAGCAAGAGAAAGAGUAAACAAUGCCCACUUGUGGAUAGUGCCAUUGUCAUCCAGAAUGACACCCUUCCUGUCAGGAAACCAGACCAUGAUGAUGAGAAGAAGGUGGUCGCUCAGAGUUAUCACCAUCAGGUGGCAGAAGAGCAGUCAUACUGCAAGUCGGUUGUGAAGAAGCAGCAGCAGCAGGCACAGCUCUGUAAUCUGCCGCGUCAUCACCCUCUGAUCAGAGAGGUGCACAGUGAUGAUGACAUGUACAUAGAUACGGAGUUUGAGCAAGAGGAGAAAGAGGAGUGGGCAAAGCCGCUAACGCAGCUGUGGCAGUGUCGGCCUUAUAGCCCUCAGGCUGAGAGAGAGUACAACAAGAAAAUGGGCCAGCAGGCGCCCUUCUGCUCCAUCUGCCUGCUCUUCCACACUCACCAUCAGUCUGAGGCCAAUUCUGGGAACUCCAGCGUGAUGUUGGUGAACCGUCCAGGGGGCCGACAGUGGUCCAAGCCACUUAUCCCAGAAAUGUGCUUCAACACCCAAUCUAACAAGACAAACGAUAGUGGAGAGGGACAGCUGUCCAACCCUCACGUAGCAGAGGAUGGGACCAGCCGGCUGGUCAGCUGUACUCAGUGCUGCGUCCGCGUACAUACAAGUUGCUAUGGUGUGUCCGGGGAUGAAGCAGAGCUGGAUGACUGGCUGUGUGCCCGCUGUGAAGCUGAUGCCAUCACUGAGGACUGCUGUCUGUGUUCCUUGAGAGGCGGCGCUCUGCAGAGAGCCAACAAUGACAAGUGGGUUCAUGUGCUGUGUGCCAUCACUGUGCUGGAAGCUCGCUUUGUCAACGUCACUGAGCGAGGCCCCAUUGACCUCUCUGCAAUCCCACUGCCCCGGUUCAAACUGAAGUGUGCAUACUGCAGGAAACGGAUGAAGCGGGAGGUAAAGGGCUGCUGUGUUCAGUGCUCCCACGGGCGCUGCUCCACGGCGUUUCAUCCCACCUGCGCUCAGGCAGCUGGCAUCCUGAUGCACCCAGACGACUGGCCGUUCAUAGUCUUCAUCACCUGCCACAGACACAAAGCGCCCAUCAUGCCUGAGCGCAACAAGGCCUCCAUGCGCGAGCUGACAGUCGGGCAGAAGGUAAUCUGUAAAUCCAGAAACUGCCGUUACUACCACAGCGAGGUGGUGGAGCUGACCACAGCCACCUUCUACGAGGUGGUGUUCGACGAUGGGUCGUACAGCGACAACCUCUUCCCUGAGGACAUUGAGAACCGUGAUUGUGUCCGACUCGGUCCACCCGCCGUAGGUGACGCUGUUCAAGUGCGAUGGACAGAUGGGUUGAUAUAUGGAGCCAAGUUUAUGGCGUCACACUCCAUCCCUAUGUACCUGGUGGAGUUUGAGGACGGAUCCCAAAUCUCCGUCAAGCGGGAAGACAUCUACACUCUGGAUGAGGAUCUGCCCAAACGAGUCAAGUCACGACUGUCGGUGGCGUCAGACAUGCGUUUCGAGCUCUUCUCAGAGGAGGAGGUCCAACAGAACUCCAAAAGGCAACGGGUGAUCAACUCUCGAUACAGAGAGGACUACAUCGAGCCCGUCAUUUACCGAACCAUCAUGGAGUGACGUCCACUUCAGCUUUCUCUCUCUUCUUCCUGCUUUCCCACCUCCUCCUCAUCAACUCAUCACAGAGAGCUGCAGCUCCAGAUCUUUGUUUCUCGGUCUGGCUUCUCUGUUUCUGGCUACUGCUGAUAGGAACGACCAACCCUCCUCCUCCUCCUCCUCCUCAUCAUCACCUUCUUCUUCCACGGCCUGUCGGGCUACAUAUUUAUAAACUACGGCUGGGACUUUAAAUGACUUUUGUGUGCAUUGAAUAAUAUUCUUUGACCUGCGUCUCCCAUCACACUCGGUAGAUUGUGUUCUCUUCCUCCAUUUCAUUAUCUUUUCUCUUCUUUUUCUCAGGAAGAAGCCAUCAAUGAAUUAUUAAAUAUGGAAAAGGUUGGGCUAUCUAACUGGGGCAGGAUUUAUUUUUUAUUUCUCUACCGCCACAUUUAGCAGCUGUCAAGGAAACAUUACACAUUAUACGAUGGACUGUUUUUCUACUCCGGUGACAUCUCUUCUAUAAAAGACCUUUUGCUCUUGAUUUGCAGAUUUAUGUUAUUUUCAUAACUGUUUAUCAUCAUAUUUUGCAGUGAAGAAAACUUGUGCUUGGGAAGAGGUUUUAAAGGAAGCAUUAUCAGCUUUUUUGAAGUUUAACAAAGGCCAAACUUUGAGCCAGUCAUCAGUUAGAACUGGGUUAAAACCCCAAAGAAAUGAAAUAAUAUCUCAAGGUCACCUUUUAUCACAUCUUUAGAUUUUACUCCGUGCACCGCAUUACAUGGAUCAUCAUGACUUCCUGUCAUAGCUUUGUCAACGUGCGUCUACUGUGAAGAUAGAAGAAAAACUAGACAUGUUUGAAAGGCCCGAGCCUUACAUUUCAAAGGGCCAAGCGUACUUUAGUUUUUCUAAAGCUUAUGGUUUAUUAAACUAUUGUAAUUAAUGUUAUUAUUACACUUUAUUUAUGCGAGUGCAUUGAGUUUGAGAACAAAGCUAUUUUUGUCAUGUCCUUUUCACAAUCUGUAGAAAACCUAAGAUGUAUUUAUAUUUAUUAUAUUGAUAGGUUUUCAAGACAUCCUGUUUAAAUUUUGAGACUCGCUCGUCCUGUUUGAGGAUCGGAGGGUGUGAGCGCCGGUCUGGCCCUCGAAGCAAAAAGCACUUAUUUUUUACCUCCUGCCACAGGACAUGUACCAUUUUGUCGACACAUGGUCUCCACUCAGAUUAGAUUUUUUUGUGUGUUUCUGAUAAAAGCUAGCUCUAGAGGUGAACAUUGUAACCAGGUUCUAGUUUGAUCCCAAAUAAAUAGCAGUAAGAGGAUGAUUUUCCAGAUUUGGGCAAGUUUUCUUUCAUGUUUGUAUGUCCUUAAAUCGUCUUUUGUGUGGAGAGACGUUGCUGUGUUCUCAGGAGGACGUGGUGUGCAGAUACAUUUUUAGCUGUACUCAUUUCAUGGCUACUGUUGACUUAUUAGGUUUAAUUUCUGUCCAAUUCAGCAUCAAAUCUGUACGUUCUUUGUAAACAUCAACUGUUUUGAGUAAAGUUUUGAGCAAAAAAAAAA